GCGGGAGAGGCUUUCCUUCAAGCUGUUAGUGUUUUAUCCUGGCAGGCUCCUCGAGGUUGUUGUGAGGAGUCUAGCCAGUUGGUGAGCUUUGUAAUCUAAACCAGCUGUCCCAGGCUGAGGCCCCCAUUUGCAUUGUUUAACAUACUUAGAAAAUGAAGUGUUCAUUUUUAACAUUCCUCCUCCAAUUGGUUUAAUGCUGAAUUACAGAAGAGAACUAAGCAAAACCAGGUGCUUUCUCUGUAUUCUCUCCAGUGUCUGAGGAGGUACAGACGGCUCCCGAUCCUCUCCACUACUUGCCAUUUCAUUCUUUGGACUAUAAAUGACAGAGGAACUGAAGUGCUAGCAGAGGGUAAUGUUUGGAAAAACUUUCUAGUUAUUCAUCAGCACAGACUCUGGUUUUUUUCCACCUUUCCCCAACGGUUUUGGACAUGCAAGGAUUAAGAAGGAUACUGACUGCUUUCACACUGGCUGUCUGCCUUUCAAGCCCUGGAAAAGCACAGCAACAAUGCACUAAUGGAUUUGACCUGGACCGUGCCUCUGGGCAAUGCAUAGAUAUUGAUGAAUGUCGGACUAUUCCUGAGGCCUGCAGAGGAGAUAUGGUGUGUGUCAACCAGAACGGUGGCUAUUUAUGCGUACCCCGAACAAACCCAGUGUAUCGAUCACCAUAUCUGAAUCCUUAUUCAAAUAUUUAUCCACCGCCCCCAGCACCAGGCCCUGUUCCCAACUACCCUACUGUUACGAGACCUCUGAUUUGUCGAUUUGGUUUCCAGUUGGAUGAAAACAAUCAGUGUGCUGAUGUGGAUGAAUGCGCUUCAGAUUCUCACCAGUGUAAUCCCACCCAGAUCUGCAUAAAUACUGAGGGGGGCUAUACCUGUUCCUGCACUGAAGGCUACUGGCUGUUAGAAGGCCAGUGUUUAGAUAUAGAUGAAUGUCGCUACGGCUACUGCCAGCAGCUGUGCGCCAACGUGCCCGGCUCCUACUCCUGCACCUGCAACCCAGGCUUCACCCUCAAUGACGAUGGAAGAUCGUGCCAAGAUGUGAACGAAUGUACCAGUGAAAACCCUUGCACUCAGACCUGCGUCAAUACGUAUGGCUCUUUCCUCUGCCGCUGUGAACCUGGCUAUGAACUGGAAGCUGACGGAGUUAACUGCAGUGACAUGGACGAAUGCAGCUUCUCAGAGUUCCUCUGCCAGCACGAAUGUGUGAAUGGACCUGGUUCUUACUACUGUAUCUGUCCUUCGGGCUAUAACUUGCUUGACGAUAGUAGAAGCUGCCAAGAUAUCAAUGAAUGUGAAACUAGAAACUUCACCUGCACUGCGCAGCAAACGUGUUUCAAUAUCCCAGGAGAAUAUAAAUGUUUAGACCCAGUACGAUGCGAGGAUCCUUAUCUCCAGAUUAAUGAGAACCGCUGCAUGUGUCCAGCUGAAAACCCCGGUUGCAGAGAUCAGCCGUUCACCAUCCUGUACAGAGUGAUGGACAUGGUGUCUGGGAGGUCUGUGCCUUCAGACAUUUUUCAGAUGCAAGCAACAACUCGCUAUCCUGGAGCCUAUUACAUCUUCCAAAUCAAAUCAGGGAACGAGGGCAGAGAAUUCUACAUGCGGCAAACAGGACCGAUCAGUGCUACUCUGGUGAUGACCCGUCCCGUGAAGGGGCCCCGUACUGUUGAGUUGGACUUGGAAAUGAUCACUGUUAACACCGUCAUCAACUUCAGAGGAAGCUCUGUCAUCCGGCUGAGGAUAUUCGUAUCACAGUACUCCUUCUAAACCUUGAGUUUGUGCCCUGGAAACAUUAAACCAAAAGAGACAGUUCCUCCUCUGCAGAACUCUCUCCUCAAAAGCCAGUACAUAUAGCAGCUCCAAACAAAAUCACUAUUUCUACAGACCCGGUGACCUAUGCCUGUCUGAGCAGGGAGGCCUCUUCAUGCACAGUCCCUACCAGGAUGCAAACAUCUGAAGAUGUAUUGUCAGCAGAUCCCAUGUGAUUCUCUAUGUGGUCAUGUAUUUUAAGGACUCUUCUUUUUGCUGUAAACACUUCUAGGGCAUAAGUCUAUGUGAAAGACUGUGAACCUUUGUAGCUCCAAGGCUGCUUAGCAAAAAGCACCAAAGAAACUGAGGAAAAAGCUGGCUUUUGCAAUCUUGCUUUUUUUUUUUUUUUUCAUUAUAAAUGGAAAGCAGAAAAACAAGCAGAAACAGAAACAAAAUCCCCACCUAUCAAAACAAGGGAUGUCCGGAGUCCUAACUUGCAUUCCCAAUUAUCUCUGGAAUUAACAGUCAGGCACUUUGUCUCAAUUCACCCUGCAUUUGUCUUAGAUUCACCCGUUUUUUCUUUGAUUCUAUUUUAUAGUUAAAAUUCAUUCUAAAUUCAUUCCAAAAUACAUGUUGUACUAUGUAAUCUUUUACUUUCUUACAAAGUGUCACAUGUUUGGGUUCCUUCCUCUAUUAAAUCUUUCUAUAUAACAGAGUUCACAGAAAUCUAUCACUGGAUGGUGUGUUUCACAACAUUUAGGAUUGUAUACUUAUUUGCACUCAAGACCUUUGACACAGGCUUCCACUGCCAGAAUAAUUUCCAGAAUGAUUUCCAGUAGGGACUUUGGAGCAGAAAAGAAUCAGAAUUUUAUUUUUCCCUAAGUGUGAUAGUUACAAACAGUUUCUAAUGGCUACCAGGUCGUAAUACUAUCUCUGUAGUUAUAGCUGCAACUAAUCUCCUGUUCAAAGACCACUCAGGUCAGACCUGUCCAAAUUCCUUCAGAAAAAAAUGAAUUGUUCUUUUCACCUGCAGUGUCUCUUCUAUAUUCCUAACACUGGGGAAAACAAGCUGAAAAGGACUAGGACCUUUAUCAUUUAUGCUUCUACCACAAAGCAGCAAUACCCCAAUCUCAAGCAACGGGAUCCCACAGUCUGCACAGGCAUUGUUUUCUCAGGUAUAACUGCUGUAACCAAUAUAAAGUUUCUCCUGAAGUCCAAUCUGAAUCUCCAAUAAUCUGUUGCUUUUUAGUCUACUUCCACUAGAAAUAGAGAACAGUUUAUCUUCCCCUUUGCAGCAGUCUUUAACGUGUCUGAAGACUGUUGUCAUGUCUCCCCUCAGAUUGUUCUUCUCUAGUCUAAACAAACCCAAUUCUUUUGGUCUUUCCUCAUACAUCACAUUUUCUGGACCUUUGAUCAUUCUUGUUGCUCUCAUUUGGAUUCUCUCCAGUUGGUUCACAUCUUUCUUGAAGCACAGUGCCCAAAACUGUUAAAAGUAUUCCAGCUGAGGCCUCUCAGUGCUAAGCCAAAUCUCUAUAUAUGUUUAGUAGUUUGAAAAAAAAAAUUAAAAAUUGUAUAGUUUGAAGAUACAAGCCAUUGGCACUUUGUUCUUUUAUUUUAGUCUGGAUGAGGGCCCCUAUGCCUUGUUCUUAAAUUUGUCUAAAUCGAGCUCUUUUGCUUUGGUUUUUCUUACUGGCUUAUUUGCUCUCCAGCAUUGCUAGGGCCAGAAAGAUAACAUUUCCUUCGUCUUUUUGAGGACUGGAAGUGCUCAGUGCUACUUGGGAGAAGGAGUUUAUGAAGAUUAUAAUGUGAGCAGGCAGGAGCAGAGUAGCAGCUUUAUGUUAGGUCUUCAUUAAAGUGGAGUAUUAAAUGGGAGAAUACAGACUUGGAAAGUUAUCACAACACAGACUGCAUGACACAAUCAGAAAAUUGAUUUUUGUUCCUAGAAAGCUUUGUGAAUUAGUCUGAAGUUGUUUUUCCUUAGCUGUAGUAGAGAGUCUGCUCUUUUUCCUUGUCCUCAGCUUGAAGGAAGCCCUGAUGCUUUCAGCAGUGAAAUGCUGAGUUGAGCAGCUUCUGUUUCUUAAUGGUUUAAAGGUUUUCUCUGUGCUGCUACAACAUCCCAGGAUGCUGCAGCUCAGAGCUCUGUACAAGGUUGUCCUUUAUUGUAAAUACAAAAAAGCUGGAGUCUGACUUCAGAGUUUAGUGGGCCAAGCUGAGGGCGGGAAGCCAAUGAGUUUUGUGAGUAGCUGACUUGGAGGAGAUGAAUGCAAAGGAAACGAGCAGAGAAACAGUAGAAACAAGAAUUUGUUUCCUGAGUGUAUCAUGUCUCAUCAAAUACCACAGUCUUGGCGGGAAAAACAGAGAUGAUCAGGAAGGAGGAAUGCUAGUUUAUAACCAUUGGUCUAAAAGUGCUCAUGUGUCCCAGAUGAUGGAAGUAAAACAUAGGAAACAUGCAGGCUCUGGUGGACCAGAGAGCAGACAAGGGGCAGGCAGGAUCUUGCACUGAAGAUGUCAAACUCUGAAGUUUUCCUGGUGCUUAAAAGCCUCUUUUUGCCCCCCUUUGUGUCCCUAUGUUAUGACUUCUUCAUGCCCAGCUGAGAAGGCCUUUUCUUCCUAUCAUCACAUCACCUCCUGGAGAGGAAGCCCUGUUAGACAUUAGACAGUUUCUCACUUCUGGGCUGUUCUCCCAUGGCCCCCACAUACCAACCUGAUUUAACCCUCAUUUAGAAACAUCAAAACUCAGAGGAAUUCCAUAACAAAACACUUUGUUAAAAGAGUAAAGCUCAAAUGCUUGGUUUUAGCAGGGUCCAGCAAAUACCCAUAAAACAAUAUUACACUUUCUGUAUAAACAGUCUGCGCCCUAAAAAAAAAAGUGAAAAGUCUGGAAACAAAGGAAUUCAGCCACUUCUCAACUGCCAUAACAUCUUUCAUCACUCGCUAUCACUCCAGCCAACUUAAACUUUGCCAAAAUAUAUGCCAAUCUCAAAAUAAUAAAUUACUAACAGUUUAUAACAUCUAAACUCUCCAUUUCCUAGUCAGGGCUCUGUUUCCAAUAGC